UAACACAAUCUUCGAGGAUUUCGUAAUAUAUAACAAAGAUGGCUUUCAAUCGUGCUUUAAAAUUUUCAGUUUAUGCAUUUUGCUUACUUUUUGAAUUCGGUUUUGCAAUCCAUGUUGGCAAAAUACGGCCAUCUAGAAAACUUACUGGAUAUAGUUUUAGGACAAUUAUAAAUUUAUCACUCGAAUCUUGCGUGCAAACCUGUCAAGCAAAGGAUGUGUGUGCUUCUGUAAAUUAUAGCCGCUUGAAAAAACUUUGUGAACUGAAUUCCAUAUCUGAAAAUGUUUCAGUUGAACUUACAAAAGCUGCUGGAUGGGUCUAUGUUGACAGAAAUGGCUGGCAAUCAAGAAGAAACAGUCCCUGUAGCGAUAAUCCGUGCAAGGACAAUGGGACAUGCGUUGAAGAAGGAGCAACGUUUCGUUGCCAAGUAGAAGAAUGUAGAGAUAAGCCUUGGCUAAAUAAGGGAAGGAUUUUUGGAAAUAUGAACGAUGUCGGGUCAAGGAUAAGUUUUGAGUGUAAUACUGGUUACACGUUGAUUGGUAUUAAAACAAUUACAUGUAACGAAACAGGAGAGUGGAAUUAUCGAAAUAAAACAAAAUGUUUACUACUUUGCUCUGUCCCAGAUGAGCUGACAAACUUUGAAAUUGAUAACGCAUACCUUACAACACCAGAGGGAACAACAUAUCUUACACAAUCAAACUGGAGUAUUUUACAAGACUUGUAUAUAAUGCAGGGCUCAAACGUAACAUACAAAUGCAUGCAUGGGCAAUAUGCUAUUGGUAGACCUGUACGCUCUUGUGAGUUUGGAGUUUGGUCACCAAUUUCAACCUCUUGUAUACCUCUAUGCCCGCCAUAUCUAAGCUAUAGCUACAGUAUGUAUCAAUGUGUAACAUUAGCUUCUUGUCAAAAUGGCUAUGCCGACAACUUUCAGAUAUACAGACACAUAAUAGCACAGGAUCACGAUUCUAAAAUUGUCAAAUCCAUUUCGGUAAAUGACUGUCAAAACCUAUGUCUGUCCGAUCCACAGUGUAAUUCAUUUGAUUAUUGUUACAUGGGUUUGCUUUGUCCAUAUCAAAUAGUCUGCUAUAUCCAGAAAUUGACAGGCCAUGAAGUCAUUUCAUAUAUAGACGGACUUGCAUGGACAUACUAUCAACGUAACUGCAAGUAA